AUGCCUCUUUACAUCAAAGGUAGGCAAGUGGAUAAAGUGCCAACAGCGGAUACCUUUUUUGAUGAGUAUCCACAUUUUAAGGAAUCUUCAAGUUAUCUAUUAAAUCAGGAAGUCAGGGAGGUUGGUCCAAUAAAGCUGUUAUAUAUUGGUCAGAGAGAAGUGGCUGGAACUUCUCCUUUAGAUGAAACAAUUUCUAUCCUUGGCUCAGAGGAUGCAACGACCUGCCACAUUGCAGUUCUCAGGCAUACAGGAUCAGGAGCUACCAGUUUAAUUCACUUUGAUGGAUGUUCCACCAGUGAUGGCCUGAAGACAAUGAUCUCCAUUGUGACUGACUUGACAGAAGACAUGUCCUCCGGCAGGCUAGAAUUUCAUUUAGUUGGAGGCUUCAGUGACGAGAGAAGAAACUCACAUGAGGUGGCAGACAAAGUCUUCAUGGCCUUGUACCAGUGUGGCCAAGACAUCCAUCUAGUAACAGCAUGUAUACUUAAUCUGAAUACUGUGUACAGAUUUGCUAAUAUACCAUUCCCUAUAAUAUAUGGCCUUGCUGUUGAUGUGAAGACGGGAGAACUGUUCCGUGCAACAUUCCCUGACAAAGGCCCAGACCUCUUCUUGAGAAGUGCAAGACAUUUUACGGGUGGGAAAGAGAACAUUGUGAUUUAUGAUCCUCACAAGAGUGAGCUAGUGAUUGGACCGUUUCACUAUGACAUCCUACCUGAUGUGGAUAUCUACUUGACUUUGCCAGAUCACCUCAUAAGAAAGUAUUUAUCAACAUCUCCUGAACAAGAACCAGAUGGAUUUGAAGACAGCAUACGAGCAGCUCUCAUCCAAAUUAGAGACUUCCCAGACCCUAUCAAGUCUGUGUUCAACGGAGGGAAACCAAGGAAGUACAGAAAAGAUAUCUCAGGCAUGUGGAUCAUGGUUGAAUGA